CCAGUCCGCGAGUUGGCACGACGGCAGUGCGUUCCGCGCUUCGAUAUCGGCACGGUCGAUAACGUCCGUUGGCACUUCGUCUUCCUUUUCCUUGUUUUCUUUUUCGAUUAGUCGUUCCUCGCAAAACGCGGCGGCCACGAUCUCGCGAUUAUCGUCAGCUCUCGCUGCUCGACAACAUCCUUGUUCAUCGUCCGAGAAUAAAAUCCGCGUUAAAAUCCGUCGUGCCGUCCUACGACUCCCCGCGUUUUCCCUUCGUUGUCCUACGAACGGCUGAAAGUUACGGGAAAGAUCAGGAACGCGGGCGCCUGGAGGCAGGAGAGAACCUACUGCUGUUAGAAAACGCCGGACGAAGAGAAGAAGAAGGCCGCGAGGGGAGAAGGCUACUUUCGCUUUCGUCGAAGUGUCACGAGGAUAGUGUGUGUUACUGUUUUUGGAGGAACGUUGACCAAUCGGCGCGCAAACGCGCGCUAUUCCGAUAGACAACAAGAGGGUGAUAGCCGCAGGUGACACACGUCACGCCCAGACUUUCGUCCAAAGUACAUCUCAGAAUAAUUUUCUGGCAACAUGUCGAUCAUAAUGCAGUACAUAGACCGAUUCCACGAUAUGUUGGACAAACACGCAGAUACGAGGACGACUAAUUGGCUGUUGAUGAGCUCGCCCUUCCCCACAUUAUUUAUCUGCCUCAUGUAUGUGUUCCUCGUGAAAUUACUGGGACCAAAACUGAUGGAGAACCGGAAACCAUUUCAGCUUAGAAACAGUCUGAUAAUUUACAAUCUGUUCCAAGUGAUCUUCUCCACGUGGCUAUUUUACGAGUGUCUCAUGGGCGGAUGGUGGGACCAGUAUAGCUUUCGCUGCCAACCAGUUGAUUAUUCCAACAGCCCCACUGCGAUAAGGAUGGUCCACGCGAGUUGGUGGUAUUACUUCUCGAAAUUUACCGAAUUCAUGGACACGAUCUUCUUCGUGCUACGAAAGAAGAACAAUCACGUGUCCACGCUGCAUGUGAUUCAUCACGGUUGCAUGCCUAUGUCGGUCUGGUUCGGUGUCAAGUUCACACCCGGCGGUCACUCAACCUUCUUCGGGCUGCUUAACACCUUCGUUCACAUCAUCAUGUACACAUACUACCUUCUGGCGGCAUUAGGUCCAUGGGUGCAACCCUACCUCUGGUGGAAAAAGUACCUGACCGCCUUCCAGAUGCUGCAAUUCAUCGCCAUUAUGGUCCACGCCUUCCAGCUUCUUUUUAUCGAGUGCAACUAUCCGAAGGCGUUCGUCUGGUGGAUCGGCCUGCACGCCGUCAUGUUCCUCUUCUUGUUCAAGGAGUUCUACCAACAGAGCUACCAGCAGAAGAGGCCUAGGAAGAAGGGCGCGGCGAUGAACGGCGUCGACAAGAGUCACCGAUCAGCCGACGGCCACGCGAAUGGCACCAUUAACGGCACCGUUAACGGUGUCGCGAACGGCGUCGCGAACGGCGUCGCGGCGAACGGCGCCGCGGCGAACGGCGUCGUCGCGAACGGUUCCAGGAGGAGGGAUGCUGCCGACUAUUACGUGAAAGGCGAAAGCUUAGCGGCGACGGAGCUCAACCUCCGAAAACCGUACGCGACGACCGAGUAACCCGGUAGCGCCUAGCCUAGUCGAUCCAUUCGCCACGAUGUCGUGUCCAUUUUUUUUCUGCGAGGUCGCCGACGGAUCAGCGGGCCUUCUUUUCCAACUACCCUCCCUUUCUCUCCCUUUCUCUCCCUUUCUCUCCCUUUCUCUCCCUUUCUCUCCACCUCUCUAUCUCUGCCUCUCUUUUUCCAACUGUCCUUUCCCAUUUCCCUUCCUUGUACCUAUUGUAUUGUCACGUAAAAUCGAAGGCCCCAUCGAGAUCGACGCAUCCAUCGAGAGAAAAGUACAAAAUUACGUCGCACGCUUUUGGCACGCGGUACAUAUGCUCGACGUUUCACGCGCGCGCGACGGUUGCCUUCUGGUGAGUUCUAGCCAGCUCUAGCCAGACCCAGGCAGCCGUGCGAAACCGUAAUCGGGCGACGACGCAGAAGGAUGCACGAGCGGAUUGUGUCCUGGUGCUCCUGCGACAGCGACCUGCGGCGUUUCGAUCAUAAGACAAAUGUGAGAGACGAGUUCGUCGCGGGGAUCGCGCAAAUCAAGUUACAAGAUGCGAACAACACCGCCAGAUGACGGUUCGCAAACACCGAUCUCCCGUGGCAACAAGAUAGUGUCGAAAGGAGGGAGUCGUAUGUGAGAUGAGUUUCGGAAUAAAAAUAUAUUCAAUUAACAUUUAAGGACGUAUUUUGGUAAGGCGUGAAUAUGAUUUCUGUAAGUCAAAUUCAAAACAACUUGCGUGCCUCGCAACGCGAACGAAUCACAUGCCUUUACGAUUCUCUCCUAUCGGUCGAUUUUUAUUUCUGUUUUAAUUUUUUCUUUGGUUUGACUUGAUUUGGCUCGACGAAAUUGGUUUUAUCGAGUGUCAUCGAACUCAGUAUCGAUCGUAAAUCGCAAAGAAAAGAAAGAGAGUGGGCGAAUUAAGAGAAUUGUAAAUCAAACAUUUUCCUAGGAAUUCCAAAUAAAAUCGCGUUCAACGAGCAAUGAAUCAUCGCGACGACGUUUCUGGUCUGCUUUCGUUAUAUUGGAAAUUCUUGACUGGCCGUUUCUGAUUCUUCCCUUUCUCUUUCUCUCGCUUCCUAUUUCUCUCUUUACCUUUGAGUAUGGUUUGCGCGACGCGGAAAGAAAGAGAGGGGAGGGAGAGAGAGAGAGAGAGGCGGUCCUUCUACGUGGAUUAAAAAUAAACAGUCAAGAUUUUACGGGCAUGCAUUUGAUAGAAAAUGGCGAAACGCUUCUAAAGACGUCGGUAUCUACCCCGUGUGCGAUUCCGAGAUUAUAUAAUGGGAGAAAUUACAUAGACGCGCGAUAACGGUAAAUCACAAUACGACAUGCCGUCGUUACGCAAUCUACCGAGAAAUUUUCGUUGCGUGGACUCGUCGAAAAAUCUCGUCUCAUCGAAAAAUGGGAUGACCUUAACCGAUCGAUUUGCGAAUGGAUAGAGUUCGUUGAGAAAUUUGUCGGUUAUAUAAGUACUACUUCGCGUUAGAACGGUGCGCUCCAAAAGUCACACGGGAGAAAAGUCCGUGGUAAAGUACUGGUACCGAUGUGCUGUGUACGUAAUCGUUACAACGGAAUUCAAUUAAUCAUGUCGUUAGCGUUUUGAUUCGUCUAAAAGUUCCAAUUUCGCGAACGUAUUUGAAAGUAUUUAAAAUUAAUGUAAAACAACGAAGUUAGAGUAAAAUAAUUAUUUGUAAAUUAUACAACUUCAAAUUGUAUUUGCUCAGGAAGUCAAACUUCUUAAAUCUUUGCGAGUCCGACAUAUUUGUGGCAAUUGAGGAGAUCCCUGUUUAAAAUGAUGGACACAAAACUCAACAACAUUAUAUAAGGUUUAGUCUGAAUUUCAAUCUAAAUCAAUGUGAGUAAAUAAGUCAUUGAUUGAUUUACAUUAAAAUUCAGACAGAACGUAAUAUAAUCUUAUCGUAUUUUAUUCUUUUUAUAUUUAUCAUUCUAAGCAGCGGUCCGGAUUUUGGACUUUGACACGACGUACAGGGAAAAAGGCACUUUUUUGGACAAGAAUCAACCGACAGAUUAAUAUUUAAUCAAUUACAAUGAUUCUUCUUUUAGCCAUUAUAAGUUUUCCUAAACGUAGUACUGCAAACUUUUUAAAAUAAAGCUAAAAUUUAAAAUUACGGAUAUGACAAUAUACUUCUCGAAAAUAUCGAAAUUCUACGACAUUGAAUAUAUUUGCACAAAAAUGAAUAUAUACAGGUUUUUGGGGUCGCUGAAUAUGAAUCUAAGGUCAAAUUUUCAAAUAUAAAAUGAGAUUCGAUGUGACAGUCAAAAAUAUAAUAAAAACAAUUACUGUAUUAAAUUUCGAUUUUUUUAUCUUACUGCCAUAUUGAAUUUGUCAUUGAAUUUUGUAAAUUUGACCCCAAAUUCAUAUUUAACGAUCUCAAUAACUUAUAUUUAUUUUUUUAGUGCAAAUAUAUUCAAUAUUGUAGAAUUUCAAUAUUUUUUACAAUUAUUUUCAACCAGCACAAUUUCUUGAAAAACAUACAAAAGACGUUUGAAAAAAAAUGGAACGUCUUUAAGUCAUAUUUUAGAAGUUGGAGUUAGAUAUUGCCACAUCCGCCAUUUUGAAUUUAGUUUCAUCUUAAAAAGUUUACAGUACUAGGAAAAUCGUUCCUACAACACAACGUGUAAAAUCAGGAAAUAAAAUGUUUCUCAGAUGUCAGAAUAUAAAAUGUCUUAUGUCUCGAUUUUGGACGUUGUGUUGUGUGAAUAUUAGGACUAAACGAAAAAAAACGAGAUCAUUGAGGUCGGUUAAAUAUUAGAUCGUCGGCUGACUUUUGUUCGAAAAGAGUGCCUUUUUCUCCCACGUUGAUCCAUUAUUGCGCUCAAUAUCUUCCACAGCUUGGCUCCCGUUUUGACCCUCCUCUCCUAUCUUAUUUAUUUCACUUGAUCCGUUCGUUUGGCUCGAAAUCGUUUGAGUGUCGGACGCGGUUGCAGGAGCAGGAUGGACACGAUUGCGCGCAUCGGGGCGACAGGUGUGCCUUUGCUCAAUACUUAAAGCUCAAAAGCAUCGGUUUGACAUACCAGUAACCGACUUCUGUGAUCGUACGUCGACUCGUGAGGGGCUCAAUCUUCUUCCUUCGCGCGCCCAGCUGACAUCCUUAUCGCGAGUACCCGAUGCUCGUCGCGAUCAUUCGCCGCCUCGGUUGUACUAUUUAACGCGUGUGAGCGCGAAGCGUGCGAGGUUUCACGUUUGCGUUAUCGGUGUGAGCAUUAACCUGUCGAAUAUGCGGAGAAUCUCCUCGAGGUUACCGGCGAACGGAUUAGUUCCUCGAACUGAUCGGAAUAUCUAAUGCCUUUCUAUACCUGGAUCUAAACGACGAUGUCAUUCGAGCUCAAGUUCAAGCAACAUAAGUUGACACAAGUUGACAGAGAGCAAGCGAUACAAGUUGACAGAAUUGUAAAAUAGUAGAUAAAUUAAGGAUAUUCGGUUCUCGUGGAGUUCACGACAUCUUUUUCGCGAAUGUCAAACAGUCGUGACUUCAUAUAAGGAAUCCAGAAUGUACGAAACAUACUGGAAUUACUCUGGAUGUGUCCAAGACGUCUUCGGUCACUCUCCAGGACAUCCUGGAUGCAUUCGAGACUAUUCAGAGGACGUUUCGUGCGGUAGUUCUUAUUGAUUCGCCCGUUCUUUUUAUACAAUUAUUAUCGAGUUGUUGUUAUCGAAAGUUAUGCGAGUGUCAACGUUUAACUCGUAAUCGUCCCGUCGACUUUUUCGAAUUGUUCCCUGUGUUAAAGUCGAAUUGAAAUCGCGACAGUCGGAACAACGUGUCUCGCUCGCUUCGCGCAUCUCGUAUAUAAUACAUAGUAUCUUGUACAUAUGUAGGUUAGUUUUGUACACCAUAUGCUAAAGAGGAGUUCGAGGUGCGACGGUCGCUACGCCACACACUUCGCGCUAUCGAGACAAUAACGAAAAAAAAUAUAAAAAAAAACAAAAAGGGAAAAACACACAUUUAUAGAUAGGUCUGAGUUCAGGGGUCAGAGUUAAUUUAUAUGAAUUAAUAGGUGUAUGAAAACUACGAAUAUAAAAUCGCACUGCGAGGGUGAGCGGUUUUUCUAUAGUUGCGGCUACGUACAUAAGGAAAGUAAAAUAUCAAGAGAGAGAGAGAGAGAAAAAAAAAGAGAGCGCUUUGCAUUUUCGACGCUGGGAUCUCGUUUACUGCCCUUCACUUUUGGACGCUCUCGUAUCUCCGUAAUUCGAAUAACGUUAGAUCAUGGUGCAUCGAUUUAUCGAUAAAUUCAUUUGUGAAUUGGGCCUCGUUUCGCUCUUAUUCUUCUUUUAUAGACAGACAUAAAUAUAUUUUCGAAUGUAUUCCGUGCCAUUUCAUCGAUUGAAAGAGAACAAUCAUCGAAUUGAUGAGUCCGUUCCGAGCCUCGUUCGGCAAUGAGAUUCUCAACCACCAAUCUAUCGUAAUUAGCAAUAGUCGACACGUGUGUCAUACAUGAGCGUUUGUACCUAAAUCUAUAGACGUAGAGAGAAUCUAGGCAGCAUAAAUGUCUGAAAUACAUUUUGGAGAUAAAGCGAAUAUGUGUAGAUAUUUAUAAUCGGAUUUCACACAUAUAUUUAAGAUCGUCGUGAAUUAAUCUUCAGACGCUGCAUAAAUCAUUUUUUAAGCAGCACAUAUGUGUAAAAUAUGUCCUAGAAAUAUUCUACGUCUAAAACAGGAAGAGUAUCUUUCAAAUGUCUUUAAAACGUCUCUUACAGCAUUUAUGCUGUAUGGGUUCAUUGACUACGGAGCGUCUGAAAAUAAACCUAAGACGAUGUUAAAUAUAAGAUCAGACUAUGAAUUCCCGCCUAAAAGAUAUUUGAAACAAGUGGUUUAAAGCCGAAUGCCCAGAUUCGGUGUUAUCUUCCAAGCGAGUUGUUAAAAUUUCGUCCAAUCAGAUAAAUCUGAUCAGAUAAAUCUGACAUAUAAUUACACUAUAUUCGACAAUUGGAAUCUUAGCAACACGCUUGGGAAAUAACAUCGAAUCUGUUUGCAAAAAAAAUAAGCUUGCAACGAAACACGCCGAGAAUCAAAUUUCUCGUCACAGAACAAACUUAGCGGCAUAGCUCCUCGCAAGAAAAACAAUUUUAAAUCACGCUCCGUGGGCAUUGGGCUUUAAUCUUGAAGAUUUUUUUUAGAGACUUAUGUUGGCUGGGAGCCGUCUGAUGAUGAAAUAUUAUUAAAUCGAGAUCGACCGUGAUCGGCAUUAAUACUGCAACGACGAAAGGGAACCAAAUGUACGCGCGUAUGAUACGGAUGAAGUACACGGACAAUUCGACGAGCCUUCUGCCUGCUCGGCGAGGUACUUGAAGUUAUUUUGUUGCAAGCGACUCGCCGAAGUGGGCGCCGAAGGCGGAUGAUGGACACGCGCGCCGCCAGUCACGCAUGGGAGGAGCGGUCUUUGAGAAUUCCAAGUGCUCUUACGUCGAUAGAAUUUUUAUUGUUGUAUUGUAACCGAAAUUCAUUAAUCUACGCAAUUGGUUAACGUGUAUUACGUGAUGUAUUUUUGCGAGAAAAUAUAAGUCUAUUUACUAUC